GCGACAUCGCCUCGCUCGUCCGUGUUAGAUUAUUUCUCGGCCGCCAGCUCCAAAGCUCUUUGAGUGUUACACAUAAUUUCUUGCAAUGAAAAUGUUCGAGAUAUCCAAACUGUUUUCGUUGCGAAGACCACAAGGUAGCAGCAAAAUGGAUCGUUAUGAGAAGCUCAGCCGCUUGGGUGAGGGAUCCUAUGGUGUGGUCUACAAGUGCCGCGAUCGUGAAACGGGCGCCCUGGUAGCCGUCAAGAGAUUUGUCGAAUCUGAAGAUGAUCCGGCCAUACGUAAAAUAGCACUCAGAGAAAUAAGGCUACUGAAGAACCUCAAGCAUCCAAAUCUGGUGUCACUACUGGAGGUCUUUCGACGUAAGCGUCGCCUGCAUCUGGUCUUUGAGUUUUGUGAGCUCACAGUUUUGCACGAACUGGAGCGCCACCCACAGGGCUGUCCGGAGCAUUUGACCAAACAGAUCUGUCAUCAAACAUUGCUCGGCGUUUAUUAUUGUCAUAAACAAGGUUGCUUGCAUCGAGACAUCAAGCCCGAGAACAUUCUGCUCACCGCUCAGGGCCAGGUCAAGUUAUGUGACUUUGGUUUUGCACGGAUGCUCAGUCCCGGCGAGAAUUAUACGGACUAUGUGGCCACACGCUGGUAUCGGGCGCCGGAGCUACUGGUCGGCGACACUCAGUAUGGCACGCCUGUGGAUGUUUGGGCCAUCGGCUGCCUCUUUGCUGAGCUGGUGCGUGGGGAGGCGCUCUGGCCAGGGCGCAGCGAUGUCGAUCAACUGUAUCUGAUACGCAAGACGCUGGGAGAUCUGCUGCCGCGACACAUACAAAUCUUUGGACAGAAUGAGUACUUCAAGGGCAUUACGCUGCCGGUGCCGCCCACGCUCGAGCCACUGGAGGAUAAAAUGCCAGCCAAAGCGCUACAGAAUCCGCUCACCAUUGACUUUCUAAAGAAGUGCCUCGACAAAGAUCCAGCCAAGCGUUGGCCCUGCGAUAAGCUGAUCAAGCACUCAUACUUCGAUGACUAUCUGGCCAAACAGCGCGAGCUCGAGCACAUCAAUAGCCUCGAGGCAGCCACACUGCGGCAACAACAGCUCGCCUCCCAGCAGUUCAUGUUGCAACAACAACAACUGCAACUUCAGACCGGCGCAGCACAGGCGGCAGCCGUGGCAGCGGCGCGUGAUAAAUCAAAGACUUCAAACACCUCAUUGCCACUGCUGCCCAGCACGCAGCACCAUCAUCCGCAUCAGGAAUAUGCGAAGCUUCAGCCUCUGAACAAAAAUGCUGCGAUGUUGCAUCGCACCGAGCACCAUUUGCCAACCAUAUGA